AAUAAGAGGGCAGCCAGUCCUGCACACAGGCAGCCCAGGGAAAGAAAAAUCCUUGACUCAGUUUGAGACUUAGGUGCAGGGAUUCACCAGAUCCUCUCUGAAGAUCCAUCACUAAUUUCCACCAUUUCAGACAAGGAUGAAUAUUGCAAUCCAUUUCAUAGUUCUCCUGGCCUGCACGGUCCUCUGCUCUUCAACAGUUAUUAAGAGCUGCCAGUGUUUAAAAACAAGCCGGUCUGUGGAUGUCUCAACCAUAUCUGAUGUCAAGGUGUACAAUGUCCGUCCAUACUGCAGCAAGAAAGAAGUCAUUGUCACACUGAAAGACCAGAGGUCACGGUGUCUUGACCCCCAAAGCAAGUUCACCCAAGCAGUCGUGAAAACAAUGCAAAUACUGAGGGCACAACAAGCUUUAAAGAUGAACACCACAGUGCCAAAACCAACUCAGUGAAAAACACAGGGUCAGCCUCACUAGCGGCAAUGCUUGUGUUUAUCAUUGUUACAAUUAAAACUAGAAAUCAGUUCACAGGAAGAAAGAGCAGCACGCCUCCCAAAAGGAAGGUCUAUAAAAUAAAAUACACCAAAAAAAAAAGACUGGUGACAUAAUACAGAGAAGUGAAACAAAUUUUCUUCACUUGUUCUGAGAAAUACAGGAUUUUAAAGCUGCAUUUGCCAGCUUUCCACACGGGCAGCUAAAACUAAAAGCAAAUUGUAAACGUGUGAGAUAUUUAAUAUUCCAGGAGCAAGCGUUGGCACAUUUAGGAAAGCGAGGGACAUGUCUUUAUACAAGGACAGUGAACAUUUUGGUGGGAUGGCAAUUUCUUCUCUCAGUCUCUGAUGUAUGAAUACUGAUGAGAUUGGUGUGUUUCCACCUAAAUAUUACUUUAAGGUUGAAUCCAUGGCUAAUGAGGAAAGCCUUGUCAUUUUAACAACAGUCUGACAUCUGUAAAACUGUGUGAAAGCAAUGUAUAGUAUUUAAAUGUGAAUUGUUUAUUUAAUGGUUCAUAUGAUGAGGCUACUUUUGUUUGUGUAAUCUUAGGAAUCUCUUUCUACAGCUGUGUAGAAAGAGACGUAAAUACAAGGGCCAUGGCUGAAAUCAUAAACUAGUCAGCUCUUGCUAUGUGAUGCUGUUGGUGAAGAGCUGCAAAACUGUAAUGAAUCAUUAUGAAGGAACCCGUUCCCAGCUCAAAGCAGCCACUGAAGUGGUUCUCUUUCCUUUUGUUCCUCGAGGUGACUGUGUUAUCAGUAUGUGCUACAAACACUGUGGGUGUAUUUAUAUUUGUCUCACUUACACUGUAUGAUUUCUAUUCUUAAAAUUAAAAAGUUUGCUCUA